CCGCUUCCGGUCCAGGGGCCGCAGAAACCGAAAGUGCGGUGUGUUUAGGCGCCCCACUGAGAUUGAUUCACCUUCACCUGUGCGAGUCCUAGUUGACCAGGUAGGAAACCAGACAGGCAGUAAAAUAUGAACGGAAGAGUGGAUUGUUUGGUCACUGAGGAAGAGAUCAAUCUUACCCGAGGACCCUCAGCAGAAGGAGGCUCAGCAGAGGACCAAGAUUACAUACACAUUGAGUCAUCGGUGAAUGGCCAAGACCUAAAGAACCUGCUGCACCAGGACGCUGUAAACCUCUUCCGUAAUGCAGGCUACGCUGUGUCCCUCAGAGUACAGCACAGGUUACAGGUGCAAAAUGGGCCCCUAGGACAUCGAGGCGAAGGGGAGCCGAGCGGCAUUCCCAUGCCUGUGGUGCUGGUGCCCCUGUUUGCCCUCACCAUGGUGGCAGCCUGGGCCUUCAUGAGAUACCGGCAACAACUUUGAACAGCUCACUUCCUUCCAGUGCUCCUGAUGAAGAGAACAUUUCUUCCUUUCUCUCCUCCUCCUCCCCUGCCAUUCUCCCGUCUCUUGCCCUCUCUCUGCAUAGCUCACACAUGAUUUAAAGAGACUGCUUCCCAACCAGAACCUGGCUCUUCAAAAUCUUCAAGUCCUCGUAUUCUGAUGGGAGAGUAGAGGCAUUGUUUGAAGGAAAGCUGAAGAAAGACUUGCUUAGGACAAAUGAGGAGUCAUAUGUUUUACUAGGACCGCCAAUAGAAUCAGCUACAACCAAAGAGGGAAAAGUCCAGUCUUCCCGUCACCAUGGUGAUACCUGUUUUCUUAGCUGGCUUGCCUCAAAGGCCAGCUGUGCGAUAUAAGAGGAAGAGAGGAUUUUUCUUUCUAAUGAUCUUCCUUGGGAAAUUUUUUGGCCUUUAUUUACUUUCUAAUGACAUACUUGGGUGCCUAUAUCAAACAAAAUACAAUGAGACCAUUUUUACUUUUUAA